CAUACCCCUUAGACCCCUUAUCAAAAGUCAAAAGCUCAUUAUACUAUAAUUUUGAUUAUCUGGCAUGACAUUUGGAGGUUUGCCGUCCUUCUUGCUUGGAAGUGGCAAACGUAGUAAAUUUUGAGUCCUGAUGCAGCGGAGUGAAUUUUCUUUUAUUUGGUUAUUAGAAAUUUGUGAUGACAGUGAUAGUAACCUCAAACGUACUGCGUACAUGCGCAUAACGCACGGUAAAGGCAACAGCCGAGAAAUUCUCAUCACCUAUGUUGUUCUAAUUAUCUAUUUUUUCUUUUCUGUCGCUGCAAAAUAAAUCACCGUCACAUACCUGUAUAGUUCCUUUUCUUUAACUGGUAGCCUCGGUAAACUUCACCACUGAACGUCCGCCCGGAAGUGCAAUUUGUUGAAGGCAUGCUGUAAGCUAAAAGUCAGAAAUGCCUGGGAAAAUAAAAGUGAAGAUUCUCGCUGCAAGGAAUCUUCCAAUCAUGGAUCGGUCAGCAGAAACCACGGAUGCUUUUUGUGAGGUCAAAUUGGGUACAACAACCUACAAAACUGAUGUCUACCGUAAAUCUUUGAACCCCCAGUGGAACUCAGAAUGGUAUCGUUUUGAAAUGGAUGAUGCUGAGCUCCAAGAUGAACCCUUGCAAAUUAGAGUAAUGGACCAUGACACAUACUCAGCAAAUGAUGCAAUUGGUAAACUUUACCUAGAUUUGAAUCCUUUGUUACACUUGCAGUGUAUGUAUCCAACAGCCAAGACUAUUGAUGCCUCUGCUCCUCCAGUUGUCACUUCAAUGCCGUCAGGAUCAGUUCUGUCAGGAUGGUUUCCAGUUUAUGAUACAAUGCAUGGAAUUCGAGGUGAAGUUCAUGUGACAGUAAAAGUUGAGCUGUUUUCGGAUUUUAAUAAAUUUAGAGAAUCAUCCUGUGGCGUCCAGUUUUUUUCUUCAAGUGGAAUUCCAUAUGGACACAAUGCUCUUGCAAUUCAUGGAUUUGUAGAAGAAUUAAUUAAAACCUCUGAUCCUGAAUAUCAGUGGAUAGAAAAAAUUCGCACGCCUCGUGUAACAAACGAGGCCAGACAGACAACAUUUUUCAAAUUGUCAGGAGAGGUGCAUCGCAAAAUAGGUCUUAAAGUCAUUGAUAUGGGAGGCAACGCUGUCAUUGGGUAUAUACAAUGUUUUGAUCUUGAAGGAGAGUCAGGAAUUGUUGUCAGGGGUAUCGGGACUGUCGUUACUUUGGUGAAAAUUCCCGAUCCAAUUUCAACAUCUGUAAGGGAUACCUCCAACGAAGACUCAUCAACUCAAGGAAUCUGCAAAUCGGGGGACGGAGAUGGAGAUGUUUCAGUCGGCCAAACUAUACCACAGUCUUUAACACCAUCUGCCUCAAAAAUUUUGUCACAGUCACCGGCCAAAAUUGCUCAUACCCAUCGCAGAUCGUCCGACUCAGAGCUCAGUGUCACACCAAAAGGAAACAGCUUAACUGGAAGUAGCGGCACUGGUAUGAACCGGACCUUUCUUCCAAAUAUUCUUCUACAGCCAAUAACAGACAAGAAGAUGUUUGAGUUACACGAUUAUCCAUUCCUAACAAUGACUCGAUAUCCUCCCGGUUUUAUUAAACGUUUAGGUGGAACAGUGAGUGCACGGUCAGUGAAACUCCUCGAACGUUCGACUAUUGAUGAGGAGCCUGAAACACGCGACACAUGGUGGAAUGAGUUGCGAUUGGAAGUUCGUUCUCACGCUCGAGCUUUGGCAUGCAAUGUCAUUCUUGGUUACUCUGAAAAUACUGCCUACAAUGAUGAUGUUUGUAUUCUCAGUGCAAUUGGGACUGCAGCAACUAUCUAUCUUCCUAGUAAUGAUGUACAUCAUCCUGAAAACAUUACAGCCGCGAAAAAAAAAACUGAUGUGAAAAACCAAAACAUUGCCUCAUCGUUGGAGAAUAGAAGAGGAGGUGCAGACAAUCAUACAAAACGUCGGUUGAUUUCUGAGAACGGUGACUCAAGUGAUGACUUCCCAUGUUCCUUAUGUCAUGUUCCUUUCAAGAAAAGUAGCAUGCCCUUCCGAGUCAGUUUGUCAAAGUGUCUUCAUUGCAAACGCUGUUUUGUACCUGAAAUUUUGAUGACCACUAUCGAGCCUCCUGAAGGAAUUCCAAUCCUCGGAGAGGGGUGUUUUCUGCAAGCAUUUGUCAAACGACCCAAACGAGAUAAUCGAGGAGAACUCAAUGCCAAAGAAAUCUCAGAUAGUGCACCUUUUCUUGAGUAUGAGCUACACCGACAGCUCCUCAACAAACUGAGAGUCAAAGGCAUGAACAGUAUUUUUAGCCUGAAAAUAACCAUCAGUGUGGGUGAUCGUAUGAUAACUGGGCAUGCUGCAGGCACUGCCAUAUAUUUAGCUGCUUUGCCAAUCUUAUCUCUUCCCACGGUGACUCUAGGAAGCAAUCAACAUGAUUCCUCAAAAUUAGAAAAGAUACAAAAAGAUCUGUCAGAUAGUGUACGAAAGAAUCGAGAAAGAUUUCUCUUGCGGCCGCCCUCAGUCUCUGGCGUGGAAAGUGAAGCUUUAACAUCAGAUUCUGAGGAGUCAGAAGUGGAUUUACCAGAGGCUGAUUUUGCAACUGGGAAUAUGGAUCUGUGUAUUUUGGAAGUUGAUGAUAAUGAAGAUGUAGAUUUGAUACCACAAUUAAUUGAAAGCCCACCUCCCCGAAAUUUAAUAGUCACUGCAGCUGAAGUAUUACCAGGAGUCGAUGAUUUAGAAGCUGUUAGAAACUUACAAAUGUUCACGCAAGUUUGGCGUGGCAGAAUCCCAAUCACGGCACCUUUAAGUGCCUUUAACAGGCAAUUCCGCACCAUGUUGCAUAAAGUCUAUUUCAAAGUGCGAGAUAUGAUUCCUUGUGCCUUAAGUGGGAUUCGAUUCCUUGUUGAUAUUCCUGAAGCCGAUGAGCUACAAAUCACUGUUUUUGGUAUGAUUUUAGGUUUAGCACCUUGCGAAAAAUCAUUGAAUAGGUAUUCUAAAAGAAAAUUGUUCAUGAAAACCUCCAACAGUGGAGAGAGUGUAAAAAAGCUUGAUGAAAAUGAUUUAAUAUUCAAUUUAGAAGAAGUAGAGGACAAAAAAUCAUUGGUAGCAUCUAGUCAAAUGGCAGGAGCUCAACUCACAGCACCUGUUGCAUCCAAAUUUUCCGGAGGCACUCCAGCUUUUCAUGUUCGACCGAAGGAAAGAUACGGAAUUGACAUCACUCCAUUAUCAUUUGUACCUGGCGGUAAAAUUGACCGUUACCUAGGAAAUAUGAACUUAUUUUUCAUAAGAGAAGGCACCAGCAUACGAGAAAAUGGUGGAAUUGGUGUCUUCAUUCAUAGUUUUGUCACAGAUGUUUUGGCCAUCAUGCGAGCUCAUGUUGCUGCCUUGGGAGGAAAUGCUGUUGUUGCUUAUUUUAUGAAUCAAUGCAUUCUACAAAAUAAUCCAAAUAAAAAUCAGGCACAAUGUUUAAUCAACGUUGGUGGUGAUGCAGUACUAGUCAAUUACCGUGCUGAUGAUUAGGUCAUUUAAUUUGAUUGAAUUUUCAUGAUUUUUGUAAGUAAAGUGUUACUUGUUACAAGAUUAGAGCUCUUUAAAAUGUAUAGUAUAUUUGUUAUUUGUUUAUAAUUUUACAAGUUGUAUAUUAUUGAAUGAAAACCCUACGACUUUUACAAUAAUACAUUGUUUUCUGGUGAAAUUUUCAUGAAAUCAAAGAAAUUUCAAAAAUUUGAAACAACUGGUCGUCAAACAGUAAAAAGUAAAACAAACAAUCAAGUAGUCAAAAUUCGGUAAAAAAAAUAAAUACUCUCAAGCCUCUUUGAAAAAUUUAUAAUUUGUUAAAUGCGUUUCAGAGGCACUGCACUUCCAUUCUUAGUACGCUAGAGAAAAUGUAAGUGACGUCUAUGAAACUGGUAGAACAUCUUUUCAUUUUUUUAAUGAAUACAAGUCUAUUAAAUUUCUUACUAAAUGUUAUGAACCGGUUGUCCUUUUAAAUUAAUCAAAACUCUAAAAAUGGAAGAUUAAUUUUGUAAAAGAAGAGAAAGGGAAAAAGAAAAUAAAAAAUAAAUUGAAAAAAC